CCCCGCGAGGAAGAGCCGGGUGCCGCAAAAAAAUUGCAUCUCCUGAGAUUUACAAGCUGCUGAAAAGAUAUAAAAGGGCAAAAAAAUCCUAAAGAAAGACUGGAGGUAGAAAGAGGCAAUCUUUUCAACUCUGCAAUUACAUUGCACCUUCAACUCCAAGCGUCAAAACCCUCCCUGACUUCCGUACACAUCCCAGUCUGUCCUCCUUUGUUUUAUCAUUCCUUCUUCUUAGAGCUCCCUUCAGUCUCCUUCCAUGUCUAUCGUUUUCAAGCGCACUCUCUCUGUUUGAUUUUCCCCCUUUUAUAUUUGACUUUCUUCAUAGACUCUCUCGGCGGGCCACGGUUAAUUGGCGGGAACCAACUGUCAAUUUUUGGUACCGGGCUUAGUGAAUUUCUCCACCCUAUAUAAACUCUAUCGGAAAUUGCGGUGGGUUUACUUGAACGCUUGUUUUGAUGGCUAACCCGUCUGGGAACCAUCAGGAGCAGACCCAUGUUUCGUCUUCGUUCAACGGGGUUAGUGGUGCCAAUCCCAACAACGGCAGUUCGGCUCCGGAGAGUUCAGGUGCGGCUCUGGCCAUGAAACACAACCCGGGUAUAUCCUUGGAUUGGACGCCUGAUGAGCAGGCCAUACUUGAAGAGGGGCUUGCAAAGUUUACCUCAGAAUCUAACAUAAUACGCUAUGCAAAGAUAGCCCUGCAACUACAGAAUAAGACAGUGCGGGACGUAGCACUCCGUGUUAGAUGGAUGAAUAAAAAAGAAAAUAGCAAGAGAAGGAAGGAUGAUUUGACAAGGAAAAGUAAAGAUAAAAAGGAAAGGGUUUCUGAUCCAUCAACGAAGUCAUCUCACUUUGCCACCCGGUCUAAUGUUUCCCCAUAUGCUCCGCCAGUGAUUAUGGUGGACAAUGAUGAUGGCAUUUCCUACAAAGCUAUUGGAGGCCCCACUGGUGAGCUAUUGGAGCAAAAUGCGCAGGCAUUGAAUCAAAUAUCUGCAAAUCUAGCUGCUUUCCAGAUACAGGAGAACAUUAAUCUAUUCUGCCAAACAAGAGAUAACAUUCUUAAAAUUAUGAACGAUUUGAAUGACUUGCCAGAGGUGAUGAAGCAAAUGCCACCUCUACCAAUAAAGGUGAAUGAAGAUUUGGCCAACUCUAUUCUUCCAAGAACAAACCUCCCUACGCAAUCGUGAUGAUGCUCAAUGUUCGUUCAUCUCCGUUCGGGCUUGUCUUUCCACAGUCUGCCUCCCGGGGGCACUCCAAUAAUAUUCCCACACUUGUGUGAGGAACGAAGUGCUAAUCUAGAUGACCCGACUUUUAGAAGAAGAAGAAGAAAGAAACAAAGAAAAACAGGAAGAAGAAACAAUGAAAUAAGUGUGGAGAAUCAUCAGGUUGAAUUAGCCUUCAUUAUUAUUAAUUUUUUUUAAUUGGUUUUCCUGUUUUUGGUUCUCUUAGUGGGCUCCGUCUUUAUUGUACCAGUAGGGAGUAUUCUUCGUGGCAAUCGUCGGUUGAAUUUAGGAAAUGCGAUUUAUUUACAGCACUGAGUUUCACUGAUGUUCUCAGUUGAUUCUGUUAGCAUGUGAGAAAUGGUAGUCAGUUAUCUUGUGUUUGUCAGUCUAAUCAACCUUGUAUUAUGCCGAGUGCAGCCGAGUAAUCUUCCCUGUAAAUGUCAUAUUUGCACUAAGUGGAGAAUUCAUUGUCAGUUUCAUAACGGCUAUGGUCGACCAA